AUGACAAAUAACUGGUUAUUACCUGGUACUUGUAGUAUGAACAAGGCUAACUGGCUUGUGCAGGAAGAUAUCGACAUAAUGGUCUGUGGAAAUGGAACAGGCACCGGAAGAUGCCCCAAAAACUUUACAUGUAUGGCUGGCAUUGGAAUCAAUCCAAAUAAUGGAUAUACAAACUUUGAUAAUAUUGGAUGGGCAUUAAUUACAGCAUUUCAACUCAUCACACUUGACUUCUGGGAAAACACAUAUAACUUGGUGCUUCGUGCUAGUGGAGCUCACUAUAUUAUAUUCUUCAUAGUUGUCGUCAUGUUUGGUGCUCACUAUAUUGUAAACUUGGUGCUGGCAGUUGUGGCAGCUUCUUAUGAAAAAGAAGCAAAAAGGAAACAAGAAGCCAAAGAGGAGGAAGAACGAAUUUUGGAGCUAAGGCGGCAGAAGAAAUUACUGAAUAGAAAAUGUAGUAAUCGAAAUCCAAAAGAUCAUUUUCGCAAAUGUGGACAAAAACUGGUUCGAGGUUUCUCAGUGGAUUCUGCCUUGUCUCAAACAACACAACUUUCACAGUUCGGUGAAGAGGAAGAAACUGAAAACCAAAGGAAUUCAAAAUGUAACUCCUUGAAAAAAAGACUGAGGCGAAUGUUCUGUUCUUGGACCUGUUGUCCAGGAUUCCUAAGACUGCAGGAAUAUCUAAUAAUGGUUGUAUCACACCCAAUUUUUGAAGGGGUGAUUACUAUCUGCAUCCUAAUAAAUACUCUAUUGCUGUCAAUAGAUUACCAUCAGGCACCAUAUACUCAAUCACUAGAAAGUGGGAACACGGUUUUAUCAAUUAUUUUUAUAAUAGAAGCUAUUUUGAAGGUGACAGCACUAAAUCCUCUACCCUAUUUUAGAAAUGGAUGGAAUGCGUUUGAUUUUAUCAUUGUUCUUCUGACUUGUUUAGAGUGGGUGCUUUCCACAGUAAAUAUUCCAACACUUAAACUUUCCAUGAUACGAUCACUGAGAAUGCUAAGAGUUUUUAAAUUGGCAAAGAAUUGGAAAACGCUAAAUACGUUAAUUAACAUCAUAUUCAAAUCAUUGAAGGAGAUGGGAAAUCUGACACUUAUCGUCAUCAUAGUCAUUUAUAUAUUCACUGUAAUAGGAAUGCAGCUUGUUGGGCAUGAUUAUGAAAAUAAAGAGGCAUUUGCAGGAAAUAGAAUACCAAGAUGGAAUUUCAGAGGCUUUUACAAUUCCUUUAUAAUGGUGUUUCGAAUUUUAUGUGGAGAGUGGAUAGAACCAUUAUAUGAUUGCAUGCGUUGCUCAAAGAUCUACUUCUGUCUCCCGCUGUUCUUGCUGACAUAUAUAGCUGGAAAUUUUCUGGUGUUAAACUUGUUCUUGGCUCUUCUCCUCAACUUCUUUUCUGGAGAUACACUAACCGCAAACAGAAAAGAAGAAAAGGGGUCGCCAUAUAAAGAUUAUAUCAAGAACUUCCUACUUCUGCUAGCAAGUCGAAAAACAAAUAAACCAUUUUUGGGUAAAGUACAACCAGAAGAGCAAAACAAUACCUCAGAAGCAGAUAGUGCUCAUCCUUCCAAUGAAGUACCUUUAGCAAACUGUGAUGUGGAACACAAUAUAAACAUCCAAAAGGAGACAGCAUUGUUAAGUAUUGUUGAACCAACAGCAAUGCAAACAUUGUCCCACAGUGGUGUACUCCCUACACCAGACAAAAAUGAAGUGCCAACAGUCAGUGCACUGUGUGACCCAGUCGUUGGUGGGCGGAAGUACGAAAAUGGAUCAGCAGUCUUAAUGCUGGAGACAUUGGAAGAAGUUCAGCAAGAAAUGGAAAGUGAACAGGUAUCUCCAUCUGUGAACAUGAAUAGUCUAGAAAAAGAAAAACAAAUCAAUGAUAGGCGUGUCUGUGAAGAUAAUAAAGCAGCAGAUCAAAAACAUGCAUCCUCUGUGGAAGAAGCUGAGGACGAGGAACCCAAAGCAGAGACAAAGAUAAUGCAACCCUGCUUGCCAGCCAUUUGUAAUGAGAAGUGCAAUUGUUGCAAUAUAAUUAGGAAUACAUUCUUGGCAGAAAUCUUUCUGAAAGUGAGGACAUUGAUGUUCAAAGUGGUGAAUAAUCGAGUGUUUGAUGGAAGUGUAUUAUUUGUCAUACUUUUGAGUACGAUGACCCUGACAUUAGAUGACAAAUAUUUGCAAAAAGAUGAAAAGGUCCAGCUGGCACUGAAGUAUCUGGAUUACUUUUACACCUUCUUUUUCAAUUUUGAAAUGAUUGUUAAGGUACUGGGACUUGGCUUAACAGACUAUUUUACAAAUGUCUGGACAUUACUGGAUUUCUUUCUUGUGGUGGUAAGUUUUAUUGGGUGGCUCAGUAUGCUGGGCAGCAGCAUUCAGGCCUUCAAAUCCCUGCGAUCCCUGAGAACAUUGCGUGCUUUGAGGCCCUUGCGAGCCAUUUCUCGUUGGGAAGGAAUGAGGCUCGUGGUUAAUGCUCUGGUUGCUUCGAUCCCAUCGAUUUCAAACGUUAUGUUUGUUUGUCUCAUAUUCUGGCUGAUAUUUGGCAUUGUUGGAGUUCAGAUCUUCGGUGGAACUUUCUUUGAAUGUGUGGAUAAAAAUAAUGAGCGUCUUCCCAUAAGUAUCGUAAAUAAUCGAUCCGAAUGUGAAGCAAAUCAGGAUAUUGGCUACCAAUGGGUCAACCCGAAGAUUAAUUUUGAUAAUGUAUUGGCAGCCUACAUGGCACUCCUGCAGGUGGCAACAUUUGAGGGUUGGCUAGAAAUUAUGGCAAACGCUGCGGAUACCCGUGGGAUUGACCUUCAACCAGAAAUGGGUGCAAAUCCAUACAGCCUCUUCUACUUCGUAGCUUUUAUUGUCAUUGGAACAUUUUUUACUCUAAAUCUUUUCAUUGGUAUAAUUAUUGAUAAUUUCAACACCAUGCACAAAAGGUCACGAAAAGAAGGGGCUUUGGUUACAGUUCUCACAGAAGAUCAAAGAAGAUUUUAUGGCACACUUAAACGUCUAUGUAAGACAAAACCAGUUAAGAAAAUUCCAACUCCAAAGAAUAUAAUACUUUACAAGUUCUACAGACUUGUGAGCAACAAAUGGUUUGAACCAUUCACUAUUGGUUUGAUUACACUGAAUGUGUUGGUGAUGGCAUGUGAUCAUUAUGGCCAAUCAAAAAUGUUUGCCUUAGUAUUAAAUCGGUUCAACGUAAUAUUUGCCGCUCUGUUUACUGUUGAAGCAAUUUUAAAACUUUUGGGCCAACGACAAUACUACUUCACUCAAGCAUGGAAUAUCUUUGAUUUUCUAGUUGUUGUUCUUUCCCUUGUAGGAAUUGCAUUAGAUUCAUCUGCAUCCAAAAAGCAAGGUGUUUCCCCAACUAUUUUGCGAGUGUUCAGAAUUGUAAGACUUGCAAGAUUGUUGAGGCUGGUCCGAUCUUUAAAAGGAAUUCGGAAGCUGCUCUUCACUCUAGUCAUAUCUAUCCCAGCUCUUUUCAACAUUGGACUCCUGUUGGGUCUUGUAAUGUUUAUUUAUUCAAUAUUAGGCAUGAGUUUGUUUCGGGAUCUACCAAGAGAACCUCCAAUAAAUGACAUGGUAAAUUUUGAAACUUUUGGAAACAGUAUGAUGCUUCUGUUUAGAUUGACAACGGCUGCUGCAUGGAAUGAGAUCCUUCAUGUGAUGAUUAAUUCUCAUGUACAGCGUCAAUUUGUAUCAUUCAUGUACAUGACAUCAUAUAUUGUUGUUGCAAAUAUUGUGAUCAUCAAUAUGUAUGUAGCUGUUAUAUUAGAAAACUUUCAUGAAGCCCAGGAACAAGAACUUGCUGGAGUUACCGAUGAAGAUGUUGACAUGUUUUAUGAGGUCUGGAGUAACUAUGAUGUGAAGGCUACACAAUUCAUCACAUACGAUCAGUUAUCUGAUUUCCUAAAUGAGCUGAAAUCUCCUUUACGAAUACCAAAACCCAAUGCAGUUAAACUUGCGGCUCUGAAUCUACCACUAACUGAUGGCAAUAAGUUACAUUGCCUGGAUGUCCUCGAAGCUCUAAGUGCUGUAAUUGUCGGAAAGGUAACUCAGUCGGAGCCCUUGAAAAAGCUAAGUGGUGAUGUUUUUAAAAUGUCAACAAAAAUAUUCCCAAUUCGUAGCACCAUGGAAACAACCACAACUACACUAAUGAUACGAAAAGAGAUCAAGGCCGCCAUGACAAUACAGAAAGCAUUUCGGAAAUUUCGAAUCCAUAAAACAAUCAUAACAAAGGUUGAUAGAUCUCACAGCUCCUUAAGAAAAUCACAACGAAGUCUACAGUCCAGCAGGCCUAACUCACCUUUAACAUGA